AUGGUAAAGGUAAAUAUGAAUAUGAACGAAAGCAUGGACAGUACGAGAAAAAUAAUUUGUAAAAAGUGGAUUGAGAAAAAGUACGAGAGGAAUAGAAUGAUGAUUGGAGAUGGUAAGAAAUUAACCGGAAAUAAAAAGUUUGGGGAAGAAAAAGAAAUGGAUAUUUUAUUUGAAUCUCAGAGAGGAACAAAUAAUGCAGUUCAUAGUGUGUGUCCAUAUGAUAUUAAUGAUAAGAAUGUUGUAGAUGAUGAAAAAAUAGAAAACAUGGAAAGCAUAGAAGACCUAGAAAACAUGGAAAACAUGGAAAACAUGGAAAAUGUGGAAAGCAUGGAAAACAUAGAAAACGUAGAAAACGUAGAAAUGGAAAAAAAUGAACAACUGAAGAGGCAUGGGAAAAAAGAUGAAAUGAAUUACGAGAUUGUGCGUAAUAUGAGCAAGAAUUUGAAUCGACAAUUAAGCAGAGGAGUGGGGGAUGAGUGUGUUAAGAAUUUAGUUACACAAGUGAGUUACAGCCACUUGUUUACACUAUUAAAAAAUAUUUUGACAUAUUUACCAUUUUCUAUAAAUGAUUAUCUAAUAGGAACUUUGGAAUUAAAAGAAAUAAUUGAUAACAAGUACAAUACCUGUUUUCAAUUAUAUAAUAAGGAAGAAUUGAUGCAACACAUUUAUGAAAAUGAGUCGAAAAAUUUAGUAGAUAAUAAAGUGUAUAAUUUGUUCACAAAAUAUAAAAUGAUGAAAAAUAAAAAAGGACCAUUGAACCAUUUGCAUGUAUUAAAUUUUCAAGACAAUAUGAAAGAAUUAAAUUUAGAAACUAUACUAAUUGAGAAGUCCAGAAUUUUUAUGUAUAAAAUACAUUCAUUUAUUGAAGGUAGAGAUAUGAAUUUGUCUUACAUUUAUGAAAUAUGUCACGGUUUGGAAUACAAAACGGAAACAUUUUUACUAUCUGUUUUCAUAUUCGAUUCUUAUAUGCAUAGAAUUAAUAAAAUGACAGAACAGAAUCAUUACAGGAAAAUUAAACUGUUAGUUAUUAUUUGUUCCAUUUUGUUAGCACUCAUAAAGACACAAGUUUUUAACGGUUCGAGUAUUAUGUACCUAAAUGAUAUUCUCUAUUUUGUAAACAAACUAAGACAUGAUAAAGUUAAUUAUACAUGCAUCGAAAUAGCAAAUAAACAAAUGGAAAUAAUAAAAUUUUUACCACUUAAUUAUAACAAUUAUUGGACUUAUUCAGAAUUGACUUAUGUUUAUUUAAUAAAUUUAAAAAGCUGUUCAAAGAAAUAUCCAGCAAUAAAAAUUUAUUAUAUCUUCCUUGAGCAUUUUGGUUUUUUAUAUUUUAUUUUUGACGUUAUUUAUGCAUAUUCUAUGUAUAUAACUUCUGUUGGGUCAUAUAAACUCAUACCUCCAAGCAGAAUUGUUGCUACCAUCAUUUUGUAUUUUACAAAUGCCUUUUACAACAGAAUGAGCAACAGCUUACUCUUUCAAGAAAAAUUUUGCGAAGAAAUUUUCCACCUCCCCUUUGCAAAUGACAUGUUCAUGUGGUCCUACCUACUGUUGAACAAUUUUAUUUACUUUUUUGAGAACUGUGUCAUACCUAAUAAAAACUACUCCUCCAUAUAUUCCAUUUUUUAUGAGACCGGCCGCAUGCUCAAUAUCCGCACGGUCUUCUGA